AUGGCCUGCACAGGGAACCAGACUCUCAUCUCCCACUUCAUCCUCCUGGGCCUCUUCACCCACUCCCCGCUGCACCUUUUCCUCUUCUCCAUCAUCAUGGUCAUGUUUCUGGUGGCCCUGUCUGGCAAUGGGCUCAUGAUCCUCCUCAUCAGCGUUGACCCUCGCCUGCACAGCCCCAUGUACUUCUUCCUCAGCUGGCUGUCGCUCAUGGAUCUCAUGCUCAUCUCCACCAUUGUGCCUCGCAUGGCUGUGGACUUCCUCCUGGGCGGCGGCUCCAUUUCUUUCGCAGGCUGUGGGUUCCAGAUCCUCUUUUUCCUCACUCUCCUGGGAGAUGAGUGCUUCCUGUUGGCCUUCAUGGCCUAUGACCGCUACGUGGCCAUCAGCAACCCCCUGAGGUACUCGGUCAUUAUGAGCCGCCGUGUCUGUUGGCUCAUGGUUGCAGGAUCCUGGCUCUUUGGACUGGUGGAUGGGCUGAUCCAGGCUGUCUUCACCCUCCGCUUCCCUUACUGCGGCUCGCAGGAGAUAGACCACUUCUUCUGCGAGGUUCCCGCUGUGCUUAAACUGGCUUGUGCUGACACCUCUCUUUAUGAGACCAUGAUUUAUGUCUGCUGCGUUCUCAUGUUGCUCCUGCCCUUCUCUGUUAUAUCUGCCUCCUACUUGCGCAUCCUGGUGGCGGUGCUCCGCAUGCGCUCUGCAGAAGGCCGGCAGAAGGCCUUUGCGACCUGCUCCUCCCACAUGGUGGUGGUUUCCCUCUUCUAUGGGGCUGCCAUGAUCACUUACAUGCGGCCCCAGGCUUACCACUCCUCCAAGCAGGACAAGGUGGUCUCUGCCUUCUAUACAAUGAUCACCCCCAUGCUUAAUCCUCUCAUCUACAGCUUAAGGAACAAGGAAGUGAUGGGGGCGCUGAAGAAACUCCUGGGAAGGGGACAGGCCGGGGAAACCCUUUCCUUGGAAUUUUAUGUCCUGAGAGUGUCAUGGUCUAAGAAUGUUCUACUCCUAUGCAUGAUAUUCUGUCCCAUACCUCAACUCUGCCCACAGCGGGACAUGUCGACAGAAGAUGUCCACGAGGCGUUAGGUGACUUGGUUUUCUUCGACUGCAAACGUGUUCGGGCUGGACUGGGGAUGCAGUCACGGCAAAUAGGUUUAAUAGGUUACUACAAAUUGGUUUAA